AUUCAUUCACAUGUAAUUAACUCAUAAUUAACUCACCCCAUCAUCCUCCCCCCCACGCCCGCCGCCCAUCUCAGAGAAGGCCAAUUAACUUAUUACAAUUACAAUUACAAUUACAAUUACAAUAUUAAUUGCUGGUGACUAUCCAUUAAGACUCGGAAUCCGUCUCCGGCCCAAAAAUACUCUCCAGAUAAACAACCCUCCUUUCUCUCCCGCCGCUCUUCCCGCCUAUAAACGUCAUCGUGGCCCCUCCAUUGCCCCCUCCCUCCCCUCCCCUAUUUACCUUUGCCUCCCUCCUGUCUGCUUCUUCAUUCGUGGUCCUUGAAAAAAAAAACUUUAGGAGGGUUAUUAUUUUUGCGUACCUACCUGGUACCUACUCUACACCCACUUCCACUAUUCUUGUGCAAGGACACACCGUUUCUUCCUUCUUUCCUUCCGAUCCCGCUUCGUCUCGUCUCUCUCUUGUUAUCGCCGUCUUCCGGGGGACGUUUUCGUUUCUUUGUGUAAUUAUUUGCAUUAUGUCCCCCAUCGUUGCACGUUCGUAUUUCAUUUUUUCAUCCACAGGUACGUUCAUGUACAUGUCCUGUACAAUAUUAUCAGUAGUUAGGCUGGUUAAACCCCAAUGCUUCCAGCGCCUGGUUUUGAUUUGUUAUUGUUUUAUAUGAUUUGAUGGGAUGGGGGGUCAACAAAAAGGGUUCUUUCUAGGAGGGCUACGCUGGAAAAGCCUCGAUCAGACACCCAGCUCUGGAGGGCUACUACGCUGCGUAGUAGCUAUCCGGACGGACCGGAACGGACAAGGCAAAUGGAGGCAAAUGGAGGGAUGGAGGGGAGAGCAAUAAGGGAUAUCCGCAGGCUCCCGGUGAUACCCCACCGCCUCGUCUUCGUCUUGUAAGAGAUUGAAGUCACAGCGAUUACACUCUACUCUGGAUGGAUCAAUGGAGCUAUGGAUAGAGGGAACUACUACUACUACUACUGAAGGGGAAGCCAGUCGACGAGUGCAACUUAUCGGCCGAGAUAUAUAUCUUAUCUCGCUACCGGGAGGCCCAGCUCAAGGCUAGGGAGAGCUGGAUCCCGCUGAAUGAAACCUCUGUAAGACACUAUUUGGUGCUCUAAGACCCCUGAUAUUGCAGCUAGUCACUGAAUUGAAUCCCCGAAUUCCUCAGGAGACCGUGAAGUGAAUGUACAAUUUCUUUCUUAUACCGUCUCUCCAGAAAGCAGAGUAGGCGACGGUGUGCCAGACCGGGGUAUCCAGAAGGCAGUUGCGCAUAUGCGGGUGAUCGCGCACCGAGUCCAAUUGAACUGGUUUCAGAUACAUACCAACCAUAAGGAUUCAGCUUUAUGUAUCAUGCUUGUUCUAGUUGAACAGGAAUAUACUCGGUCUAUAAGCAAUGAGAUAGGUGAAAAUAAAAAGAGUGCCUGGAAUGGACCUUGUGCUAAAAAUAUACAGUUGAAGUUCCGUGGUAACUAGAGAAUGAGAUGCCAUUGGCCCACGUGAGCUAGUGAUCAGAGAAUAAAGAACGAGAAGUAAUAACCUACCGUUUUGGGCAAUUGAAAAACAUCUCAUCAAAGGUUUUCUAUACCUCUUUGCAGCAAAACAAUGGAAUAGAACUUUUUUUGAGGGCGAAGAGGGGCAGGUACAGAAUGACAUCAUAACCCUAAUCUUAUCGAUCUGAUCUUAUGCGAUCAUCACAUGAUAUCAAUGUUUAAAUUUCAAGAUUAUUUUGCUGCCACCAGCUGGAAGUCCUGAGUUGGGCAUCGGCCACUGGCAUCAAGUCGAAGAUUGUGCUGUGUCGUGUGGCAGAUUGUUUGCAUAUAGAAGCCGUACACUUUUGUGCGAACGGGGAUAGAUACAUUUCUGACAUAUUUCGUGAAAGAUGGAUCAGUACGAUAGCGACUCCUCAGGAAUUGACGAUUUCACCGAGACCAACGUCCUCCUUGGCUACGCCGAUGACGAUGCUUCAGACGAUUCGAUCAGUCACCUGGGCGGAUGGCCGACCUGGCUUGACCCCGCGACCCCACCACCCGGUGACUUCGCCAGAUGUAAGGUCUGCAACAACCCAAUGCUACUUCUCCUACAAUUAAACGGUGACCUGCCAGAACACUUUCCUCACGAUGAACGGUGGCUGUAUAUCUUUGGGUGCCCCAGGAAAUCCUGCACCAGGAAGAAUGGCAGCUUACGGGCGCUGCGCGGUGUGAAGAAACACAAAAUCGUAAAUUCAUCCUCACGACAACAGCAAAAUAACCAGCCUGAGAAAACGGGAAAGGCUCCAGAACCCACACCGGCAGAGAGCAAGCCCAAGCAAGAUCUUGGUUCUAGUCUCUUUGGUGCCGCCCCAUCUAGCCAAGGGCAGUCAGCCAACCCCAACCCAUUUUCGACAGCAUCCUCCCCCAGUCAAGCAAACCCCUUUGCCUCCCUUGCCCCUACAUCCAGCCUCGCUGCAAAACCGCCCCAAAAACCAUCCUCCCCUCCUCCCACCGAAUCCCUCCCCGAAACCUUCGCCGAAAAAGUCCGCCUCUCCUCUCCACCCCCACGAAAUCCUGCAAAGGCAGGAGCAGCCGGUCCGCCCCUCCCAUGGCCUCCGCAAUCCGCGUUCCCAAAGCCCUAUCCGCACCACCACCUCGAUGCAGAAUACGAAACUCUCUCCCGCCCGCCGUCCCCCACCCUACCAACCACAGCGCAGCCCGUCCUAAUGGACGAGGACUCCUCCAUGACAGCAGGUGCAGAGCCCAAAGACACCUUCGAAUCCGCCAUGGACAAAUCCUUCCUGCGCUUCUCGGCGCGCCUGGGCCAUAACCCGGAGCAAGUCCUCCGCUACGAAUUCCGGGGUGCACCGCUACUCUACUCCACCACCGACGCGGUGGGGAAACUCUUCUCCAGCCCUUUCCCGUCUGCCAAAUCGUCCCAUGUCAAAGUAUCUACCCGUGGUAGUAGCGCGGGCAGCCCGAACAGGAUUCCCCGCUGCGAAUACUGUGGGCGCGAACGCGUUUUUGAAGUCCAACUCACGCCGCAUGCGAUCACGGUGCUUGAGGAGGGGCGGGAGGGUAUUGGGCUUGGACCUGAGGAUGAUACAGGGAUGGAGUGGGGGACUGUGAUUUUGGGGGUUUGUGCGGCGAACUGUGGGUUGGAGCAUGAGGGGGUGUUGGGGUGGAGGGAGGAGUGGGUUGGGGUGCAGUGGGAGGAAAGGGUUGCGGGGAAGUAAAUAACUUGGAUAGCUGGGGCUGCAUGGAACCUCCUAGUCGCUGAUUAGUUAAAUAGAGCGAAGGGGGUGAAUCAGAUGGAUGUAUCUAAUUGGCUUAGGUUUUUGAAGUUGUGUUCACUACGGAAUACGGAAUGGAUAUAGAUUAAACGAAUGGGCCGAGAUAAAACGUACAUGUAGCGGUGAGGGAAAACGUGAUGGGCUGGUUUCUUGUCCAGGUAGGUAGCUGCGUGGCAUUGUUCACGUAUUCUGCAAAGAGAAACAAUACACAUAGAAGCAGACUGAAGCAGGUUACUAUGAACGAGGUGCUUCAAUUACUAGGCAGGUAUAUAUAUUUCCCAGGGAGUCACCGUCCCCCGUCAUAACUCUAUUUCCGCAAUUUCAUUCCGCGUGAUUAAGGAGCUUCUCCAGCUCCCGCAUAAAGAAAGAGAAAAAUAGUACGAAGACAUGGUUGGGACGAAAUUUUAACGGAAAAAAAAAAAAAAAAAAAAAAAAAAAAAAAAAAAAAAAAGAAAAUCAGUCCAAAAGGUUGAAGAGGGCGAGAAGUGAGGAAAAUAAAAACACAAAAACAAAGACUGGAAAUCAAGCGGGUUGCUCGAAACCCCUCCGAAGUACCCGCCCGAACAUCUCUAUGCCCACUUUCUCUCCCUUAAUCUCCCCUCUGGCCUCAUUCUCCUUAUUUCUUGGGACUCUGAUAACUACACUCUUAACGUCAGAGCCCGCGCUCUUAUCAACUUCCCAUCCGCAAACAUCCACGACGAAUUUCUCUAGAGUCUCUAGCCCAUGCAGGUCAAGCCAUUGAGCUAGAACCUCAGCGCUAAUUUCCCGGAAAGCUUUGCCGACCUCAGCAGCAAUGCGAACCCGUACCAGCUCUUCAAAUCCUGCAACAUCGGCGACCAAAUCCGCGUAUAGGUCAUCGGAAUUGAGGGUUGACCAGAAGAGGGUGUAUUGUGCUGAUUCGAGGAGGGUGUUGAGACUGGCCAGCUUUUGGAUCGAUUCGAUGAAAUCAGAUGUUUGCAUAGGGACUGAGGAUGAUGUCGAUGAAGCAAAUGGUUGAGUGUAUGCUGGGAGGAGGGCAAGAGAUAGGGAGAAGGCGGGGGAGGGGAAGACAGUCAACGCUUUGGCUAGGAUGUUGGUUGUUGUUUCGGUGUGAAGGAGAUGAGGGUUGAAUUGAUAUCUGGGUAAAGGUUCAUUGCCCAUGAUGGGCAUUUUCGUGUUAGCUAGAGUCUCAUGUUGUAAAUUGGUAUGCAUAGAUAAAUGACAAUUAGGGGGCGGUUGUAUUUCAGGGUAAUUUUGUAUCCCCAGGCCCGUCUACCCGACAUUUUAUCGGGAAACAGUGUAAGGCUAAUAGGAAACGUG